UGACGAUCAUGCAAAAACUCUCACAAAGACAAUUAUUCUUACAUUUACAAUGAUAUCCCACCUUCCAGUUGAAAUAAUUCUUCAAAUAUUUCAAAUAAUUUAUUAUUCCAAACCCAAAAAUCGUCCUUAUGAACAAUAUCAAACUCUUCGUUCAUGUUUAUUGGUUAACAGAUUUUGGUGUAUAAAUGUCACAUCAAUCCUCUGGUCAAGAGUUUUUGCACCAGAUUCACUAGUUCGUUUAGGAGCCAUAAGUAAAUACAUUUCAUGUUUAAAUCCAGAAAAAUUCCAGCUCCUUUUGGAUGCUGGUAUGAAAUUUUCAAAACGUACAGAAUAUAAUCAGCUUUUUGAUUAUCCUUCAUUCUUAAAGGAAUUACAAUUCGAUAUAUUUUUAAAAGAUUUAUCAGCUUGGUGCAUUGAAUAUUAUCGUUGUCGUAACCUCAAAUUCCAGAAUCUCGUAUUAAGAACCUUAUUAGAAUUAUUUUCUGAAAGAGGUGCCAAAUUAGAAGUUUUUUAUAUGAAAAAAGUAUACAAAUGUGCAUUUCCUUUUUAUCAUACAGAUUUAAGAUAUCUGGAUUUUAGUGUGUUAACAUCCGUUAACGUUAAAGGAAUAUUUGCGAACUGUAAAAAAAUGCGAUUAGAAGGAGAUGUAUUGAUGCUUAGUAAUAUUAUAGAAAUUUUUACAAAAAUUUGUAAUAAUAUCGAACAUUUAACGCUCGAUUCACCGAAUAUAGGACCUAGAAUUUUACAAAAUGAAUUUUGUAACUUUAUGGAUCCGAAAUCACACUCAUUUUUAAAUGAUGAAAUAGAUAGAAAAAAGAUUCUUUCUACAAUUUUAUCAAAAUCAUUUUCUGCUACUCAAUCUAAUGCACUUGUCAGUUUAAUUACUUCUCAACGUAAACUUAAGAUUUUGGUUUUAACUAAUCAGUCAACA